UUAGCCGGGACGUCCCGCUUACUGUACGUGUCUCGUGCCUUUCCUGACUGACUCAACGGCAGCGGCGUAGAUCACCGACACAUCCAUCUUCAUUCAGUCCCGGCCCCGGAGCUCGCGACACUUCCGUUCAUAUGGCCCGUGAGAAUCAACCCGCAGCAGAUGUCUGUCAAAGCUCAGAGCUCAGCCCGGUGGAGAUGACGGAGGUAGAAUACUUACAGCACAUUAUUCAGAGCCACAUUGAUGCACAGGUGACUGAGACAGACAGCUCAAGUCUUUCACGGCUCGAGGAAAGCUUGUAUGAGGAGCCAGAGAAGCGCCUGGCUUGCUCGCCUUGCAGGCCGGAGGGGACUUCAGUGGGGCCCAUGGACCUGCUGUUGCUGAGCGACUCAAACACGACGCCUGUUAGCGGCGCUGAGGUGCCGGGCUCCGUGCUGAGCAGAGUCCAGUGUGUCGUCCAGGAGCGGCCCCUGGAGGAGAGACCCAGCCCAGCUGCUCGGGUCUGUCUGGAGAAGAGAUUCUUAUCAGUGCUUUGUCAUUCUACAAACACUUCAAGGACAUCCACACAUGCACAAAUGGAGAAAUGGAGUAAAACAGACAAGAUGGUGAAAAUACAGGGCAUGUAUCCAUACGAAGGACGUCUGUUCAAAUCUGGUGGGCAGCAGUCUGAGCUGGUCAUUCCUACUGUGAGCUUCAGAGCAGAAAAAGGCUCGGAGUCUGUGAAAAGAGCUCCACUAUUCAUUUACCCAGACACUGCUGACCAGCAAACUACAGACACACUGAAGAAUGAGGCAGUGAAUAAAGCUGCGCACUCCAUCAAGCACAUCCGCACAAGGCCUCUCAGGUCAUCUAAUAUCAUGCAGGACCCGGAGAACUGGAAGCCAUACACCGGGAUGCCCGAGACUAAACGUUGCAGGACAGGACCUCUUAUGGACCGAACUCAGCGCAAAGAAGUACACAACAGAAAGGAGCGCGAUCGCAGGAGAAGGAUCCGUCUUUGCUGUGAUGAGUUGAACCUGCUGGUGCCAUUCUGUUACGCUGACACCGAUAAAGCCACCACACUGCAGUGGACCACAGCUUUCCUCAAAUACAUCCAGGAAAUACAUGGAGACCGACUCAAGCAGGAUUUCCAGAGCACUUUCUGUGGCAAAACUGGGCUGCGGUUGAAGCCUAGUUGUGUUUCAAUGACUCUCCUGGAGUCCUAUAAUAACAUGGCAGAAGCUGCAGACUCAUCCUCGCACAACUGACUUCCUCUUCGCUGCUGCAGCAUUGUGAAUGUUCACCUCAGUUUUGACAUUGAUGUUUCCCAUGAUGCUACGCCUCUCUUUCACUAACCUGUGUCCAGGAGACCUGAGCGCCUGUUGUCUUUGAGUCUUUUUCUACACUCCAGCUGCUCUUUUUAUUUCAGACUCUCCAGACCAGAAACGGUCACAUCCUUACUGUGAUAUAGUUCACACACAAAACUGCACACCUUUCUGAAUGUUUGUUUUUAUGCCUUGCUUGUACAUUAUUUUCUAUUUAAUGUAUUUAUUAUUAUUGUACUAACAAAUGUUCAAAAAAAAAUACUUCACUGAAAAGUGGCUUUAUUCAGUUUUUCUUACAAUACCAUGCUGUAGAAACUCACUAUACACACAACAGUAACUCAGAAAUAAUAAAUAGUAUUUAAAAUCAUAUUUAAUAGUUUUACAGCACCAUUAUCUAGUGGAUAAGGUUGAUGAAGCCCACAGAUGGACAACGACAUAUUUUACAGUAAGUGUGUCUGAAGCAUCUCUGUUGAUGCGUGAAGUUUGUUCCUCAAACAGUGACUUAGUUCUUAAUGUUUAAGAUUCAAAAUGUAAACAUAAAAAAUAAAAUGGCAAAGAAAAUCAA